AUGGAGACUUAUCACGGUAUCGUGCGGACGCCCGCAGAUGCUAUCAAGCUGUUCGAGGCCUGCAGGGUAGGCCUACUAUCGCGCGUGCAGUGCAGAUUGUCCAAGAAGGAGCGGCAGUCGAUCCGGUCCGGGUCGGUAUUCGUGUGGGACGAGAGGGAGGCCGGCAUGCGGCGGUGGACAGACGGGAAGUCGUGGAGCGCGAGUAGGGUAUCGGGUAGCUUUUUAGCUUACCGCGAGAUAGAGGGCAAGCGGGGCGGCGGCUUCGGCACGUCGAGGAGGAGCGCGGGCAAGACGCUGGACUCGGGCCGCGGCAGCGACGAGGUCUCUGAGGACGGCGAGCCCAAGGGCUACCGGUAUAAGACGGACGGGCUUAUGAAGCAAACCUUUAGCAUCACCACCUCGCAGGGUCAGCACCUCCAUCUCAUCUCGUACUACUCGCGGCCGCACCCCAGCGGGCCCGAGCUGCCCCAGCCCAGCACCGACCCCAGCCUCAGGCAGGUCGUGCCCGUCAAGGAUAUGUACCCGGAGUCCAGCUUGAAUGACCAUCCCGUGCCCGUCACUACCAGGAACCACGUGGCCACGUACCCGCACCUGCCGCCGCUAUCGGAGGCAUACCACCCGCAGUACGCCCAGCAGCCAUCGCCGGUGGCAAGAUCUCCCUAUAGCCACUACACGGUCGCGGGCCACUACGCCCCGGCACCGCUCCCACACCCUCAUCACGCCCAUCUGCCCGCCGCCACCACCCCCUACCCACCGCAA